CACAAUGUGGCGCCUUGUAUUGCUGAUUGCAUGGCUUUGGACAGAAGUUUUUCAACAUCUGUUCUGAUAUGGUAUGUUUCAGGAGCAGCAUAAACAGGAGUCUCAAAGAACGAGGUCAAUGCAGAGAGAGGAACUGUUUGCUGAGGGAUGGAAAACUGCACAUCUGUUCAGGGAGAAGAAAGAGGUGGAAAAAGAAGAGGAAGAAGUAGAGGAGGAAGAAGAAGAGGAGGAGGUAGAGGAGAAUGAGAAAUAUGAAUUUGAAAUGAAAGGUUCAGUCUUUGGUAUCAAAGAACCAAAUGAAGGAGAAUUCAAGAAUUUAAUGGAGUUCUUCAAGCAUUCUAGGAACUAUAGAGAGGAGAGGCAAAAGAAUUCGGAGGAGGAGCUGAUUCCUGAGGGUCGUUUGCUCAUGGUAUCUUUCUGCGUCCCCCACCCUUGGGAGAGGGGACUGGAGAAUUGGAGAGAUACCACCAUGAGCAGGGAGCAGCAUAAACAGGAGUCUCAAAGAACGAGGUCAAGGCAGAGAGAGGAACUGUUUGCUGAGGGAUGGAAAACUGCACAUCUGUUCAGGGAGAAGAAAGAGGUGGAAGAAGAAGAGGAAGAAGUAGAGGAAGAAGAAGAGGAAGAAGAAGAGGAGGAGGUAGAGGAGAAUGAGAAAUAUGAAUUUGAAAUGAAAGGUUCAGUCUUUGGUAUCAAAGAACCAAAUGAAGGAGAAUUCAAGAAUUUAAUGGAGUUCUUCAAGCAUUCUAGGAACUAUAGAGAGGAGAGGCAAAAGAAUUCAGAGGAGGAGCUGAUUCCUGAGGUGGCCAAGGCAGCAGCCAUGGAUGCUCGCCGAGAAGAGGAAUGCACAGAGCUCUUUGGUCCUCAUGCCCCUAAAAUCAUGGGGAUGGAGGCAUCAUUACAAUCUUUCUUCAAUCAACUAUGUGAUGAGACUGGUGCUAAAGCCUGGCCUAAGGUUUGGAGCACUUCCAUCAUUGGGAGAUUCCUUCUCAUCUUUGUCAUCAAACGGGAAGAAUGCUCGAGCCCCAUCUUCUCCCUCACCAUCAUAUCAUCUGUCGAACUUAUGGUGAUUCUCCGACCACGCCGCUUCAACCAAAACGUCACUGCUUACCGCAUUCGGUUCUGGCUUCAUGCACGCAGCCAUAUUCGAAUUCCCAGGCCUGUCAUGCGCCGAAAGACGACGUCGUUUGGGAGCGGUUUCCCGACUCGGUUGGGCUGUACUAAGCAUCCCAUUCGCUAG